AUGCAUCAUUUUAAAUACAGCCACGUCGUGACCAGUUCGUCACUGUCGCAGCCGUUCCUACUGAAGGUCCACGGCCUUAUCACUGGGCAGGAUCUGUCAGUUACGCCGUCUGUUGAUCCUCCUACCUACUCUGAAAGACUGCACUUCAUACCUGCCAAGGAGUUCCGCUACACUACCUGUAAAAGGAGUGUGCUGGAGUUGAAACUUCCGAUGGAACUUGAAGACGUCUCAGAGGAGGACAGACACACCUACAUCAUGUCUCAGAUAGACCUAAGCUCGGAGGGUCUUGUGGCGGCAAUUGGAGGGCUUUUGUAUUUCUUGCAGCGUUCUCUGACCAAAAUCAGACUAGUUGCUUCAAUAGAGAUGCCCAUUCUAAGGAUUUCAUAUAUUUCAAUGAAGGACGUAGUUUGGAUUGACAAUGAGACCCUGCAUGCUCUCAACAUCUUCUCCCCGGGACUGCAUCCGUCCUCGUUCAAAUGGUCAUCCAAAGCCAACGAAGGCUUUUGCGUCUUCUCCCUCCUCAACCAUUGUUAUUCCACUGUCGGCUCCAAACACAUGAGAGUGAUGCUGUCUCAACCAACCAAAGAUAUCAAUGUGAUUAAGAAGAGACAACAGGUCAUUGCUUUCUGUUUGAGGUCAAUCAACGAGCAGACCGUCAAGUCCUUGGCAGACUCUAUAGUUAAUGUCAAGUCUGUAAUGAAAAUCCUAACACGAAUGACCAACGCUCAAGCUUCAGUGAGUCAGUGGAAGACUUUUUACAAUACAAUUUAUAACGCUGUACUAGUUGGGGAAGUGUGCAAAGCGAACUCUACUGACAUCAUAUUCUUCAGAGAGAUAGCAGACUGUCUGUGUGACUCAAUAUACCUGAUGUCUCACUGUAUUAACAGAGUAAUGGACUUUGAAAAGUCUGUCGUUCAGGGCAGGAUAGUCGUAAAAGAAGGGAUCUCUGAUGAUUUGGACAAACUAACAGAAAACCGAUCUCGCUUGUGUACUCUGAUGGACCAGCUGGCAGAGGUAGAACUGCAAGAUUUGCCAGAGUAUGUAGAGUCUUGCUCCCUCAGCUAUAUCCCAGAGUCCGGAUUUUUCCUGGCUGUUCCGCUCUGGCGUCCGGACCUUACAAAUGAAGACUUGGAACUGCCUGACAUGCAUUUUCAGUUUAUUAAUGAAGACUCAGCCCACUACAAGAGUUCAAGAUGUCAUGAGCUUGACAACAUGUUAGGAGACUGGCUGAUGCAAGGGAUGGAGAUAGAGUCGAAGAUAAUUUUGAAGCUGGUGCAAUACAUCCAGCGCAACGUGGGACCCUUGGUGAAACUGACUGCGCUCAUCGCUGAACUCGAUUGUCUGUUGGCGCUGGCGAGAGCUGCCCGAGACUUUAACCUGGUCGAGCCUCAGAUGACCUUGGACAAGCAGAUACACAUCAAGAGAGGGCGAAACAUUCUACAGGAGCUGUGUGUGGAGAUGUUCGUACCUAACGACACACACUCUAGCGUGGAGGACGGGCUCGCCAAGAUACUCAACGGUCCUAACGCCAGCGGCAAAACUGUCUAUCUAAAACAGGUUGCCCAGAUUGUCUACUUGGCACAGGUGGGAAGCUAUGUACCAGCUGAGAGUGCUACUGUAGGUGUUGUGGACCAGAUCCACUCUAGGAUACACCCUGUAGACGCUGUAGACUCACAACUGUCAUCCUUCAUGGUGGAUCUCAGACAGAUGUCAAUUGCUAUCAGGAACUUUACGUCCAACUCACUGGUCAUUAUCGAUGAGUUUGGGAAGGGCACUCCGGAGGUCAACGGCCUAGGGCUACUCGCGGCCUGUUUGGAAUAUUUUGUAGCUAAGAACCACGAAUGUCCCCACCUCUUUGUGUCAACACAUUUUCACUCUCUGGCUAAUCUGCUUCCCCCAUCAGAUAACAUCAAGCUUCAGCAUCUAGAGCACAUGUUGGACAAAGGAGAGCUGGUGUUCCUGUACAGACUGCGCGAUGGGGUGGUGGGGGAGAGCUUUGCACUGAGAGUGGCGCAGAAUCACGUACUGACACGUCCAUGGGCCGACAGAGCUGCUCAGAUUCUGCAUACUCUGAAGAACUCUGGUAGUUUUACCGCAGACAGUGACAACAGACUUACUCGAAUGGCAGCUAAGAGGAGUCAGUUCCUGAAAGACUUCAGUAAGGCAGUGUUAACUGAGGAGAAACUGAGUGAACUGAAGAAAGAACUGGUCGGUCUUCGCCUUUAA